AUGAUAGUAGUUCGACAAUCCGAGUCACCAUGGGACACUUUUACCAAAAUUUACGACUGCGACCUUGCUGGCCCUUUGGCAGUAGUAGCUCAUCGUGCCCGCCCUUCACAACUCUUUGGUGUGAGGACCAUCCGUCAUAAAGAUAUAGAUCAGCUACUUCAUCUUUUUGAAUCAUUACAACACCCCAAUGUUCUUUCAGCUCUGGAAGCGUAUGUGUAUGACAAAUCGCUCUAUAUUUUUCACAGUGAUAUUUGUAUCUCAUUAGAUGAAAUUAUCACUUGUGACGCCGACUUGGAUGAGAUUCAGCUUGCGGCAAUUCUAGCCCAGAUUUUAGAUGGGCUCCUGUAUCUCACAGAACGGAACACUCAGCAUCCUUGUCUAAGUUCUCAAAAUAUUCUCUGUACGUCAGAGGGAGAGGUGAAAAUUGCCCGCCUAGAAGAAUGUAAGGAGGUACAAGCAGACAAAAUUGGGCAAUAUUCCAAAGAGCUGGAAGUCAUUACCAUGGAGCUGAUGCAAGUAUACAAGAAAGGUGGUAGUAAUGCGGAAUUAGAUAACACUGAACGGUGGGAUGGCUCUGAUGCAUUGGAAUUUCUUUUGUCUGUUGUCUCAGAAGCACCAAUUCAGAAGCUACGAGAGCAUCCGCUAUUCACCAACAACCAGUGGCUGAAGGGUCAUCUCCAGGGACUUGUGUCUUACGCCUCACGGUUUGCAUUUACAUUCUGUGAUUAUGCCGACGCAUGA